AUGGCGGCCGCGAUAGCAAACGACUCGCCUAAAUACAAAAAUAGUCUAAUAUGCUGCAGUCCAAACGUUGAAAUAACAUCGAGAGCGUCAUCAUCAUCCACAUCAGGAUGUGUAUCUGCAGACGAGAGCUACGAUUCCAGCUACGUCCCCAAGUCCAUAGUCAACAAGAAAUUAAAAAUUCACAGUUCAGCAACAAAGGAAGACAUAGAAAAGGCAAUAAAUCAGUGUAAAGAGCUUGUUUUAAACAGCGCACAGUGUUCUGAAGAGAGGAAAUGGUUAGUGAGAUAUUUAGUAGAACUUAGGCUACGUUUAGAAGAGAUUAAAGACAAUAAUGGUCAAACUAGAGUUCAAGUGUCUAUAAAAGGACAUCAUUUCGAACAACAAACUAAUCCUACAAACAGAAAGCAGUACUGUGAUCAUUGUUCCGGAGUCAUCUGGAGUAUUGUACAGGGUUCGUACAUAUGCACAGACUGUGGAUAUUUGUGCCAUUAUAAAUGUGUAGACCACAUAUGUAGGGUAUGCGCUCAUGUUGUUAUGACUGAGAGAGGGAGCUUCGAAAUGAGUAUCUGUCCGGAAAGAGGUUUAGCUGAGCAAAAUUAUAAAUGUGCAGAAUGUGAAACAGCAUUGACAUUCAAAGACUCUUGGAACGAGCCACGGUUGUGCGAUUACACAGGACUUUAUUUCUGUGCGACGUGUCAUUGGAAUGAUUUAUGUGCGAUACCAGCACGAGUUGUACACAAUUGGGAUUGGGAGAAAAGGUAUGUUUCACGUUUAGCCUUCCAAAUGCUGAGUUUAUCUUGGAAAAGACCAUAUAUAGAUGUAGAGAGAAUAAAUCCAAAACUGUUUAACUUUAUAGCAGAGCUAGAGUGGGUACACAAGAUGAGGAAAGAUCUAGAAUGGAUGAGGAGAUAUCUGUGUGCUUGUACGGAUGGUGCUAACCUAUUGUCACCGUUAAUUGUACAGCUUGGUGAUGUCAACAAAAAAUAUAGUAUGUCACAUCUAGAAUCCAUUAAUGAUGGCUCUCUUGAAACCCAACUGACGGCAUUGACGGAGGUAUGCCGCUCUCAUAUAACCAAUUGCCGUCUGUGUUCUGGUAAAGGUUAUUUAUGUGAAAUAUGUGGUAACAACGAAAUUUUAUAUCCGUUUGAUAGUGGGGCUUUAAUGUGCGACAAAUGUAACUCAAUGUAUCAUAGAAGUUGUUGGUUACGUAAAGGUGAGAAAUGUUUAAAGUGCCUACGUUUGGACGAACGGAAGAAGAUCACUGAAGUUGAUCCGGACGCUACUGAUGCUUUACAUUAUGACAUUGACAAAUUUGUAGAUUAA